UUAUUAAACUCGAUUAAAUAGUGACGUGUAAACGUACAUAAGUCACUGCCGUCACAUUUGAAAUUUGAAAUUCCCGCUCUAAAAUAAGGUCUCGUACCUGUCGAGCGACUCCGUGGCCGCUUCCAUGAACUAUCGCCGUCUCGCGAUUGUGUACGCAACUCAAGGGGACAUUUCUCGUCACUUAUACGUAUUCAUAUGUAGUCGUGAUCGGAGAGUGGUGUAUGUUGUCGUCGAUUGAAUCCACCACCCCCGACAAGUUUGACAGAUGACCGACUGUCAACGUUCGACGAGUUUGACAAAGUGAGGAAAGCGCAUCGACAUGGAGGCAGUGCCGAGAUUGCCGAUGAUAUGGUUUCAACUAAAAGUCAGUCCGGAGCCGACCACUUUCGGGCCGAAGCUCAAACAGUACAUACAAGAUUUUUACAACGAGGAACCUGAGUCAUAUAACAAUGAGAUACACCAAUUGGAAAGCUUACGCUCGAUGGCAGUUAGACCACCAGUCGACAUG